AUGGAUAGCGAAGAUGUUAAAAAAGCUAGACGACCUUUAUAUCAAGCAUUUGGUAAAGCAAUCUAUGAAGCUGAAUGGAUACGACAAACAAAUGGACCAAAAUUCAUUUUGUUACAAAUCGACAGUGCUCGAGCUAGAAAAGAAGCAGCAUUCUAUGUCGAACUAAGUCGUCAUCCGUAUAUCGUCCGUACUUAUGGUUUAGUUCAGCAGCAGCAGAACAAUCUAACUGAAGACGAUUCAGUUAUGUUACUGCAGGAAUAUGCCACAGAGGGCAUUGUCGACUGCCAUGCUACACAAACUGUGCAGGGCGACCGAGUGAGACACCUGAAGUGCACAUGA